CGCUGUUGGAGCGGUUGUGUGUUCCUCAAAACCAGCUUCAUGGCUAAAUAUCUAGUGUAAACUUUGCCUCAGACAGCCGGCCAACACAUAUUUCCAGCUAAAGCUAAACAUUUCAUUCGGUUAUGUCGUGACAGUUGACUGAGCUCAAAGGUGAACGUUGUUAAAUCUCCGCACCACUUGAGCAAAGUGUCUGGACUGAGCAGGAUGCUAGCAUGUGUCGUUAGCAAGCCAAUGCAGGAAAUUAGCUCAUUAGCUUAGACAGCCAGCCAAGUGUUAUUAUGAGGCUUAAAUAUUCCUCUUUAUGCUCAUACUCGAUUUAAAUAACCUCUGCGCAAUGGACACCGAGGCAAUAGUGAUCCGUAUAAAAACGCCGUCAGGAGACAUGGACUCGGCCGUUGACUGUCCAUCUCUUCUGAACUUCAAUGACUUACUCGUUGCAAUCAGAGAUGUCAUGCCUGAAGCCACGGUCACAGCCUUUGAAUAUGAAGACGAGGUGGGGGACAGAAUCACUGUAAGAAGUGAUGAAGAACUCAAAGCCAUGUUGUCAUUUUACUUCAACACAAUGAAUGAACAACGCAUGAAUGGAUUGCUGCCGGACCCUCUGCAGAUCUUUCCGCGAGCCGGCAAGACUCCAGGGAACCGGAACAUACAUGGCCUGAAGGUUAAUACAAGACCUAACCCAGCCAAUGACUGCACUCAUGCUGUCCCAGACUCCAUGGCCAACAACAGCUUAAAAAAAUCAUCCGCUGAGCUGAAGAGGAUCCUGACAAAUGGCCAGAUAAAUGCCCAAGACAUCCACUAUCAAGAGCAGCUUGGCCAUGGAAACGGAGGCACAGUUUACAAAGCGUACCAUCUUCUGGGCAAGCGGGUUUUAGCUGUCAAGGUCAUUCCCCUGGAUAUCACGGUGGAAUUACAGAAGCAGAUCAUGUCAGAAUUAGAAAUUCUCUACAAGUGUGAUUCACCCUACAUCAUCACUUUCUUCAGUGCCUUUUUUGUAGAGAACAGGAUAUCCAUAUGCACAGAAUUUAUGGACGGUGGUUCUCUGGACGUGUACAAAAGAAUUCCAGAGCACGUGCUGGGGAGGAUCGCAGUGGCAGUAGUUAAAGGUCUGACGUAUCUGUGGAGCCUGAAGAUACUUCACAGAGAUGUCAAGCCUUCCAAUAUGCUGGUGAACACCCGAGGACAAGUCAAGCUCUGUGACUUUGGUGUCAGCACACAGUUGGUGAAUUCUAUUGCUAAAACGUACGUGGGAACUAACGCAUACAUGGCGCCGGAAAGGAUAUCAGGAGAGCAGUAUGGUAUCCACGCAGAUGUCUGGAGUGUGGGAAUCUCUUUCAUGGAGUUGGCGCUAGGCAUGUUCCCCUAUCCACAGAUUCAAAAAAACCAAGGAUCUUUAAUGCCUCUCCAGUUACUGCAAUGCAUCGUUGAUGAGGAUCCUCCAGUGUUUCCUGUCGGACAGUUCAGUGAGAAGUUUGUUCACUUCAUCACGCAGUGUAUGCGGCGACAACCCAAAGAGAGGCCUGCCCCUAAUAACCUCAUGGAUCAUUCCUUCAUCAUACAGUUUAACGACGGUAAUGCAGAGGUGGUGUCGAUGUGGGUUUGUCGCUGUCUGGAGGAGAGGCGAGCUCAGCAGCCUCAGGGACACGUCUGACGUCCUCCCAUGAUGGACCAGGAUGUUUGAUCCGAAAGCUUGGACACUUAUCAAAGGCUAAGGGUCAAGUACGUCCAUAUGCACUGUACAAGAGACUCGUGGACAAAAAUCACUAGACGUUACAAACUUUAUGUGAGUAAUUCUUUAUUUAACAGCACUUGUGCGCCGUGACAAUGAGGAGCUCACAUCCUUUGAAUCUCUGCAUCCAAAAGAAAUGCAGAGGGGUGUGCGUUCUCUUUCUAACGGGGGUCUCCAUGCGCAUUUUCGUCCCCACGUUUUUUGUGAGUAUACAGAAAUACAGUGAGCACAUCACAGUCUGGUGAGUGGAGAUAAACGGUUAGAUUUAAAGGAUCAGUGACGACUUCAAAGCAUGAAGUGCAAUAUGCCGACAGAGUAAUGCUCCGUUUCUGAGAUGGUGUCUCAAAUAACCGUCUUGUGCUGUUGAGAAUGUUACAGUUUCUGCCUGUGAGUAACUGCCCAUGUGUGUGCCUGUUUCCCCAGUGGUGUCAUUUAUUACCUCAGCAAACGUAGGUUGUCACUGUAAUAGAACAACUUUUCCCCCCAAAAAUGACCUGUUUUUAAUUCCAGUUAUUCCCUAAUGUUGUGCGGUCGGGGUAUUAGGUGGACACGGAGCUCCGUCUCUGUCUUCAAGGGGUGUUUAAAGGGAACAACAAACCUGCAGCAUCAAUACGUUUGAGCAGCUCUGCAGUGUGACAGAGUGCAAUGAAAUAUUGACAUGCAUCUUUUCUUGGUUCUCAAGCUUACUGACCAAACAAUUAAUUGUUGUCACUCAGUGGAGAGGAACCAGGGUUGUAAACCGGUUUCAACUUGGUUCUUUCAUUUCCGUUUGCACAGACGUGCCUCAUGUUGAAUGCCACUGAAUGAACUAUUGGAGAGGAAAUUGUGCUGAAGCAGUUCUCCACUUUCAUUCAGCAGCUGUUUUUUUUUUUUGUUUUUUUUAUAGAAUCCAUUAAGAAUAAGAGAAACUAUCGACUAGAAGAGAAACGUAAAAAAGAAACCAUAUCUCUUCGUCUCGUUUUAAACUAAGACUUUAUUCAUUUUGAAUAAUUGUUUUACCCACUUUCUAACCAGUAAUCUCUACUUGUGCCAGAUAUGUCAUGUAAUAUACAGAAACUAUGCUAUUUUAUUGGAUUGCCAAACGAGAUCAGUUGAUAUAGAACAGAGGGAAAACAAUAAUGCAGAGCACUUAACGCCAAAGACCACUGCCGACCCAAAUGGUGAAGGAUGCUGUAUUUAUCUUUCAUGAUUAAGGAUUAAUGGGUUUAAUGACUAAAAUAAUUUCACAAGUUCUUCAUGAGUAGCUGUUGAAAUGUCUACAGCUCAAGUGCAAUUAAAUGCCAUUUUCUUCCACAAAGGAAGCGUAAGCGCAGCCUACAGUGACGAGAUGUGUGAGCAUCGCUGGAAACGAAUGUAACGGCAGUUUAUUAUUCAUGUGAUGGUUAGUCUCUUCAGAACAUUGUUCCUUGUGCUUUUGUCUUCUGUAUCGAUGAGGAGACAAAUUAAUGGUGGAUUUUCAUCUUUUGACUGUAAAAUCAUCCCAAACCAAGAACGCACAAUGUUUCGAUCAUUCUACAACAGAUGUCAUUUAUAAUUUGGGAACUCUUCACGAUUUCUUGUGUUUUUACAUGACCAUGCCCACAGUUGCUCUGUUUCUGUCGAACAUCUUAUUUCCAGGAUGGGUUAUUCAUUUAGCAAUGUUGCUUCUUGAGUAACAUUUACUUUCCUUUAGAACUGACCGGACUCCGGACAGGAAAUGGAAGAAAUAUGGGUGUGUGUGGGGGAAAUCCCAAGCUUUUGUCCCAUCUCCAUACUACAUACUUAUUCUUGUUAUGUAUUCAUACAAAAUGUAGUAUACUAAAAGAUGCAAGUAUGCAUA